AUGUGGCGGCGCACUUACCUGCUCCUUGUUCUGAUACGACUAUGGUUUGCCUUGUCACCGAGCUAUUUACACCCUGACGAGAAUUUCCAGGGUCCCGAAGUCAUUGCUGGCCAAAUCUUUAGCUAUCCGGUCCGGAAGACGUGGGAGUUUACGAGUGAGCACCCGAUUCGCAGCGUCUUUCCGCUAUGGCCCGUUUACGGGCUCCCGAUGCUACUACUGCGCUGGCUGUGGAUUGGUCACGGACAGGAUAGGGAAAUUCCCCCAAUUGCCGUAUUCUGGACCCUGCGCGUUCUCAUGUUCUUGACCAGCUUCGUCUUAGAGGAUUGGGCGCUCCACGAGCUAAUACCAUCUCCACGACAUCGUCGUAUCGCUGUUCUGUUGGUCGCCUCGUCCUACGUUACUUGGACCUAUCAGACACAUACAUUUUCGAAUUCUGUGGAAACGCUGGUGGUGGCUUGGAGUUUGGUCCUCAUUCAGCGUAUCGUUGACACCCAACAACAAUCAUCGCUCAUGUCUUCGACUGUGCUCGGAAUCGUUGCCGUUUUCGGCGUCUUCAACCGCAUAACCUUUCCAGCCUUUCUCUUAAUCCCAGGCCUUCGUUUAAUACCCCAUUUUUCUAAUAAACUUUCAUCAUUGGCAGCCCUGGGUUCCGCCGCCUUUAUCACCACUAUAGUAGCCAUCGGGCUGGACACGGCCUUUUAUUCAUCGGAGCCCCUUACUUGGGCCGAUUUAGUCGGGAACCCCAUCAUCACGCCCCUCAACUUUUUUCUAUACAACUCUGAUGCCACAAAUCUUGCUCAACAUGGUAUUCACCCGUUGUAUCAGCACAUAGCAGCAAACUUGCCUCAACUUCUUGGGCCUGCUACUGUUCUGCUUUUCACGAAGCCUCACUUGUCAUUGAGGUUAUAUUCAGCAAUAUCAGGACUUGUUGUCUUGUCUUUAUUUCCUCAUCAGGAGGCUCGCUUCCUCCUGCCAACCGUACCAUUGAUUCUCUCUUCAGUAGAACUGCCAAAGAACAAGACUCUUCUGCGCACAUGGGCAGGAGCCUGGAUACUGUUCAACCUGGUCUUUGGAGUGUUGAUGGGUAUAUAUCAUCAAGGUGGUGUUGUUCCCGGACAGGUUUUCAUGAGCAACCAACCAGACGCAACCAACGCCAUCUGGUGGAAAACAUACACACCGCCUAUCUGGCUGUUGAACGGCAAGAACGAGGUUUUGCAGACCAAGGAUGUCAUGGGUCUCAAAGGCGCAGUCUUGCUGGAGCAGCUAACCGAUCUUGCCACUUGCGACACUCCGGCUGAUCGACGGAGUCGAGAGUAUUUGAAAGAGAGUAAUGGAACCUAUCUCAUCGCGCCGGCGUCAGCUGUAUGGUUGGAUCCCUAUUUACAGAACAAGGGUCUUCAAGGACUGCGGUUCCGGGAGGUUUGGCGCUACAGUAAGCACCUGAAUCUAGACGACCUUGACUUUGGUGACGAUGGUGUGUGGAAUACACUGUCUAGGGUGGUGGGACGCCGAGGACUCGUCGCGUGGAGGGUAACCAAAACUUGUCCAGAACAAUAA